CUCUGAUUCUACAUUCAGUUGCCUGCAGUCGCUCGAGCCGUUCGAACGUCGGUCGACGUGUAUCGACGCGCGUUAUCUCGCGGUGCGAAUCGCGCGUCGCACUCUGCUCCCGUCGUUUCGACGUUGCGUUACGUUGUCGAUCCUGAUACGCGACACGUCGUGCGCUCCAGCACCCGCGUUCGGGUUGUGCGUAAGUGCCGACUCGUCACAAUGGACGGCUGAAUCCGCGCAACACAUUGAUCCCACGUUCUGCGCUAUUCCAGUUACGAAGGCCGUAUUAAUUAUCGCGACGGUGUCAUCGUCGGCGACGUGUAUCAGCUGCGAGAUUAUUGCAAAGCUGAAAAAGAGCAUCCUAUUUACCCGACCUACUUCGAAAAUCUUCGCAUCGCAGCCGUGCCGUGUUUAAUUAGCAUAAGACGCGCAUAGUGAACAUCCGGGAAGUGACCCCGGAGACGACCCGGCAAUCGGUUCCGAUCAAAUACUUCUUGACCCGCCCCGAUAUUUUACUUUCUCAAAGUGCGCGAACAGCGAACGAGGGACCAAAAUGGACCGAGUUUUCAUAGACGAGGAGACGGGCGAGGAUCUGAUUCAUCCGCUGGUUAACUGCGACAUUCGCGACCAUCCGAUCAAUUCGACGACGGUGAACAACGCGGAAACCGGGGAACCGGAAGUCAGUCUUGUGGAAUACUCGACGGUCAGAGGUCACUUCAGGAGAGUGCCGUUUCAGAUACCGAAAGAGGUGAAGGAGAGCUUAUCUCUGAAGAAGUCGUCGAGGAAACGCCACUUGAUGGAUCUGGAGCCGGUCCCGGCCGGCGCCUCCUUCGGCCAGAUCAAUCCCAUCUGCCUGUUCUUACCGGCCAUCAUCUAUUUCCGCUGGUUCCUCGCUCUGUUGAUGCUCUUCGAGGUCGUUCUGCACGUAUGGGCGCACCACAAGAACAAGGCCCUGAAGAACGCCAGCGUAUACUUCCGCUCACCGUUUCACGAUAUCUCCGCCGAAUUCUGCGCUCUCUGUCAAAACGAGACCUGCAUGAAUCGCGUCGGUAAGAUGCACCAGAUCCGGAUGCACAAGUUCCUGCGCCAGUGCAACUACAUGAAGAGGGUAGUGACGUGAGAGUCCGUACGUCGAGAGUUUCAUCAUACGAUAACGAUAAUCGCGAUCGGCCCGUAAACGGCCGUGAAUUGUUAUAACCGUUUUACUUGUUUCUUAACACGGUGGUUAUUGUCGACAAACAACUAAUCUAUAUUUUGUUAAGUUUUAUAUCUACCUGUUCUUUCUCUUAAGAGGGGUGAGUCCUAUGCAGAAAAAAAAAUUUAUAUACAGAUAUUAAAAACUUCGUAAUACACCACGCGCGUGGUAAAGUGAUUUUA